UGAACAGCAAGUACGUGUCUGCCUACGCUAUAUAAAGCAGCAGGCGUGGACUAACAGACACUCAUUACAAGAAGACCAUGAGAGCUGCAGCUAUCUCCAUGCCAAGACUGGACAAAAUGCCAGGAGUGUUCUUCUCUGCUAGCCCAAAGGAUUUGAAAGAACCUAGCCAUUCAAUUCUAGACGACAAAACACAAAAGAAGAGGCCAAAGACUUUUGGGAUGGACAUGAAAGCAUACCUGAGAUCUAUGAUCCCACAUCUGGAAUCUGGAAUGAAAUCAUCCAAGUCCAAAGACAUACUUUCUACUGAGGAAGUAAUGCAGUGGUCUCAGUCUCUGGAAAAACUUCUUGACAGCCAGACUGGUCAAAAUGUCUUUGAGAGUUUCCUAAAGUCUGAGUUUAGUGAAGAAAAUAUUGAAUUCUGGCUGGCUUGUGAAGACUAUAAGAAAACAGAGUCUCAUCUUUUGCAUAGCAAAGCAGAGAAGAUCUACAAAGUAUUUGUGCAUUCAGAUGCCGUGAAACAAAUCAAUAUUGACUUUUAUACUCGAGAAUCUACAGCCAAGAAGAUUAAAGCACCCACUCCCACAUCUUUUGAUGAAGCACAAAAAGUCAUCUAUACCCUCAUGGAAAAGGAUUCUUACCCAAGGUUCCUGAAAUCAAAUAUUUACUUAAAUCUUCUAAAUGACCUUCAGGCUAAUAGCUUAAAGUGAAUGGCUCCUGGCUAGCAGGAAUCAAAGAUGGUGUCAAGGACAGAAGGAAUAUGCCAGUGAGACUGCCUUCGUGGUCAGCCUGGCCUGGUUUGGCGACUCAGCCAGCCCAGAGGAAGUACAGAUGACUCAGAAUGGAUUAUCAUGGAAAUUUUCCAGAUAGAGACUUGGAGAAGCAUCAGCAAGAAAGACAUGGAGAGAGAAAUGGAAGGAGCUGCAAUGGUACUGUCGUGAAACACAGUGGGACUCUAGAACGCUUCUCAGAACUGGGAAGGUCAGCUGACUUUAGCAACAC